AUGCGAUCAAGCAAAUCAUACCAACCAACCAGAACAGGCCAACCAUACUACACCCCACAACACGAUUACGAUGACAGCACGGUGCAUAGACGUCGUACAAGUAGAGUAAGAAUAUCAGAGGGCCACGCCGAAAUGGGAAAAAAACCUGAUUCAAAGCUGCAGUUAAGAAAAGAUCAAAAGUACUCACUAUUUAAAGGGAAAUCAAAGAGUUUACCAGCUAAAUCUAUUGGAACAACACCGAGCUUGAAGGGCUCAAAAGUCCAAUUAAUUAAGGAACAAGAAAAAGGUUUUAAAGGCAAAGCUAAAAAAACAUUAACUCGUAUGUCUAAUAUAUUUAAAAAGUCUCAAGAUAUGGGUGACUCUGUCACUACAACAGAAUGCAAAUGUCAUUCAAAUAAUGCUCACAAAUCACGCAAAGUGAGUUACGAAGAUGAGGUUAUAAACAGUAAAAAAAAGUCUAAAGAUACCACAAGCCAAAGAAAAAAUUCCGUUCAACUGGACUCAAAUACUAAAAGUCCCACACAAAAUACUCCAGCGAUUGCCAGUGAUCGAAAAACUUCAAAGAAAUCAAAAGGUCAAUCGAUUUCAAUAACUGAUAAAAAGAGUCCAAAACCUACUUCUAGAAGCAAAACGGAAGCUACUAACCUCCAACCUGGAGUUGACCAAAGUACUUCAAUAUGUCCUAAAUAUCCGUCAACCGCAGAAUCUGAAUGUACAAAUCCAAGAUGUAAUCCUAAACUACGUAGACUUCCUUGUUCAGUUCCAAUAUGCAACCCAAAAGAUUCAAUAACGCCUAAAGUUGAUAAUGAAACUAUUCCUAAAUUGGAAAGCGGAUCUUCUGAUAAAACGAUAUCAGAUGAAGUUGAUUCUGAAGUUGGCAAAACAACUUCAUUUAGUCGUAAAGAUUCGUCAAGCCCGAAAACUGACAGUCAAGGUAGAAAAUCAGAACUUGGAACUGAUAUUGGACUACCUGAAAAAAUCUCACCUGGUGUAAUUGGUGAAAAAUCCAUUUCAAUUCCUAAAGAAAUCUCAGGCUUGAAAACUGAAAAUGGAAGUAUUAAAUCUAAGCUUGGAACUGAUAUUAGACUACCUGAAAAAAUCUCACCUGAUGUAAUUGGUGAAAAAUCGAUUUCAAUUCCUAAAGAAAUCUCAGGCUUGAAAACCGAAAGUGGAAGUAUUAAACCUAAGCUUGGAGCUGAUAUUAGACUACCUGACAAAAUCUCACCUGAUGUAAUUGGUGAAAAAUCCAUUUCAAUUCCUAAAGAAAUCUCAGGCUUGAAAACCGAAAAUGGAAGUACUAAACCUAAGCUUGGAACUGAUAUUGGACUACCUGACAAAAUCUCAUCUGAUCUGAUUGAUGAAAAAUCCAUUUCAAUUCCUAAAAAAAUCUCAGGUUUCAAAAUUGAUAACAAAGAUAUUAAACGUAAGCUUAAAACUGAUAUUGAACUUCCUGACAAAACUUCUCCAACUGUAGUUGGUGAAAAAGCUAUUUCGAUUUCUAAAGACCUAUUGGAAUUGAAAACUGAAAAUGAAAUUAUUAAACCUAACCUUGAAAGUAAAGUUGAAAAUGCUGACAAAAUCUCGCCAGCUGCAGUUGGUGUAAAAACUAUUUUGAGCCCUGAAGAUUCGUCAGACCAGAAAACUGAUAGUCAAGAUACAAAACUUACCCCUGAAACAGAAAUUGGAUCCUCUGACAAAAGUCCCCCUGUUGGAGUUGGUGAACAAACUAUUUCGAGCCCUAAAGAUUCGUUAGAACCGAAAAUUGACCGUCAAGAUACAAAACCUGCCCCUGAAACAGAAACAGAACCCUCUGAAAAAACGCUUGAUAAAAAACAAACGGAUAAGAAAGAUAAAACUCCAGGUGAUAAGAAGGAUUUAAAGAGCCCAAUGGAUCAAUUUAGCCCUAAAAUUGAUGGCGAAAUCCCACCAGCACCUGGGCAGAAAGCUUCUAAAAGCAAAACUCGAAAAAGCUCUCCUAAAAUACCCCCACAGAUACCGCUUACGCCAAUAAUACAAAAUCCCGUUCUUAAACUCAGUUGCGGAUGGAUUGAUUAUAAAAAACUGAUGAAAUUGAGAUCAGAAAUGUCUAUCGAAACAUCAGGGUUCAAAGCAUGUAAAAGAAGACCUAAACCGCCACCAGUAGACCGUUCAGUGGAAUUAGAUUUUGAAGAAGCUAUCAAGUACUAUACAACUAAAAAUCCGCAUUUAUUUGCUGAUUUGAUACAGCAGAGCUUAGCAGGAACUGUUUACGCCGAAGAGGAGAAGGAAAAACAAGAAGCUGAAGAUAAAAAUGAUCAACCUGUGCUUUCGAGAAGAGAAAAGGCAAAGAGUGUGUUUAAAAAAUUGUUACCAAAACCCAAGCCACCAAUGGAACUAGAACCACCAAUUGAACAAAUACAGGAAUUGUGCGAAUGUCCUCACGGGCGCAUACCUCCACCUAUAGGAUAUGACCCUCUAGCUGCUAUUCCUCCCAAUGAACUAGCUAAAUUGUAUCCAAAGGGCUUAAAACUUAGCGUUGGUGGUAAAGGUUCUCUUUCACCUGGGUUGCCUCCUCAAUUCAAAAAAUUCAUUAAAGAUUUAAUACGUAGUCCUGACGUCGAAUGUGGCUGCUAUGACGAGAUUCCGCUGACUGAAGGACGCAAAGAUUUGCUACGAAGUUCAGAUGUGGAAUGUGGCUGCUAUGACGAGAUUCCACUGACUCAAGAAAGACAAUGGUUGAAAAAUUUACAGAAGCCUAAAUUUUUAUCAAAUCUGAAAAGUGAUAGUAAGAACCAGAAAAACCUAAAAACCGAAAUCAAAACUGCAGCUGACCCUGGUGUUAUUUGUCUAUGCGACACAGAUGGUGAAUUUUCUAAGACAAGUCCAAAUGAUGAUGUAAUUUGUGAGUGCAAUGAAGUUGAGGAAAACAGUAUAAUACUUAAAACCACUGAAGAUUCCGAAACCGAAAAGAUUUUGACAGAGCGUACUUCAAAAAAACCGGGAUUAUUGAUGAGUGAUCGUCAACAAACCAAGCAACCAUUAGACGCAGAAAACAUGCGAAACAUACGAAACAUACCAAUGCCGCCGCAGGCACCGCCUGUUUCAAUAGAAGAAACUAGCGUACGUAGGCUUACUUGCGAUUGGAUCGAUUACAAAAAGCUGAUGAAAAUAAGAUCAGAAAUGUCUAUCGAAACAUCAGGGUUUAAGGCGUGUAAAAGAAAACCGAAACCACCGCCAGUAGACCGAUCAGUGGAAUUAAACUUUGAAGAAGCAGUUGUAUACUACACAAGCAAGAAUCCGCAUCUAUUCCGUGAUUUGGUGCAGCAGAGCUUACAAGACCCGAUUGACAAUAAUGAUAAAAUUAACAAACAAAGUGAAGGAAAGAAGGGACUGUCUAGGACAAGGAGAAUAUUUAGUAAAUUCAAACCAAAAGCAAAGCAAAGUGAACCAGUGCCACCGCCCAAGGAAUAUUAUAAAGAAUUCUGCGAAUGCCCUUACGGAUGUAUUCCACCACCUACAGGAUAUAUUCCUGUUAUGCCUCCCAAAGAACUAGCUAAAUUAUAUCCAAAAGGUUUUAAACUUCACCUUGGUGGUAAAGGCUCUCUUUCACGAGGGCUCGCUGACAUCAUGUUUUGA